GCCAUGAAUAGGCUUGAAGCAGCAGCGAAAGCAAGCAAAUCUCUAAUCCUCUUCUUUGCCUCCUCUCUCACCUGACCCUGAGCUUUUUCUUCUCUUAACUGAACACCACAGCAGAACAGCGGAAACUCAGAACUCGCCGGCGGCGAAAUCAUGGUGGGAACCUCGUCUUACUCGUCCUCUUCCUGCGCCUCUUUCGGUUCAUUCGAUGACAUCAGUACCGUCAAGUACUGCAGCACCGUAAAGUUCGUCUGCAGCUACGGCGGCCGUAUUCUGCCCCGUUACCCUGACGCCAAACUCCGGUAUGUUGGCGGCGAGACCCGCGUCCUCUCGGUCGAUCGUUCCAUUCCCUUUUCAGAGCUCCAGAUGAAGAUGGGGCAGAUGUGCGGAUGGAAUGCGGUGAAUCUGAGAUGCCAGCUACCAACGGAGGAUCUCGAUGCGCUUGUCUCCAUCACCUCCGAUGAGGAUCUCGCAAAUCUCAUCGAGGAAUAUGAUCUCGCAAGCCGUGAUCGGCAGAUCCCUCUCAAGAUCCGCGCGUUUCUGCAUCCCACGCCGUUGAAAUCUCCCAAAUCCGCUAAUCCGGCGCCGAUACCCGCAUCGGUGAAAGGGAAAUCGCCUUUGCGGUAUCCCGAUCAUGCCGUGGCAAACCGGUGCAUGGGCCAGAUCGCUUGUCCGGCGAGGUUCUCCGUUCGGUCCGGUAACUCCGGCGGCAGGCACUGGUUCCCUGGGCAUCAGGCCUAUGAGAUCCCGGCUGCACCGUAUCCCCAUCUUAUUCACCACGGAAACUAUUGGCAAUAAUGGGUUGAUGUGGCGAGGAAGAUGAUUAAAAAAAAAAGAUUAAAAAUAAUGGAGAGGAUCUCACGACGGAACGAUGAUUUUGUCUGUACAUUGCAGUAAUUGUUCGCUACAUUUCAAUAGGAAUAGGCUAUUUCUACUUUCCUGUUAGUAAAUUUUCCUUUAUUUUUUUUGAGAAAACAUCCUCUGAUGAGACGUACUGAAGCCAGACUCUUUUUUUCUAGCUGGAUCAGUCUUUUGGGGUGGAAUCCAUUUGGCAACACAUAUUAUCAGUUGCAAAAGUUUGGAUAGAAUAAAUAAAUUUUCAAAAAUAUUAAUUCGGAUUUA